AGGUUAACGUUGCAUUAUUCGGUUCUGCCGCAGCCCGGAGGAGGAGGAGCGGGAGGAGGGCGAAGCUUGACGCGGGACGUUUCUGGUCCGGAGCACAGCGAAGCGAGUCCGGCUGACGGGAGGACCAUGAUAGGAGGGACUGCGGGACGAUAAGGGCCGUCGGAGCAGGAUGGACCGGCUUUAAGUUCCCACGGUGGCGGUUCGGCGUCGACAUGGAUGAGUUCCAUCCAUUCAUUGAGGCUCUGCUGCCCCAGGUCCGUGCUUUCGCCUACACAUGGUUCAACCUCCAGGCCAGGAAGAGGAAGUACUUCAAAAAACAUGAGAAGAGGAUGACCAAAGAAGAGGAGCGAGCUGUCAAAGAUGAACUACUGGGAGAGAAGGCAGAGAUAAAGCAGAAGUGGGCCAGCCGUCUUUUGGCUAAGUUGAGAAAAGACAUUCGACCUGAAUGCAGAGAGGACUUUGUCCUGUCCAUCACUGGGAAGAAGGCUGCAUGCUGUGUCUUAUCUAACCCUGACCAGAAAGGCAAGAUGAGACGCAUAGACUGCCUCCGACAGGCUGACAAGGUGUGGAGGUUAGAUUUGGUGAUGGUCAUCCUUUUUAAAGGCAUUCCUUUAGAAAGCACCGAUGGGGAGCGACUGGUGAAAGGAGGCCAAUGCUCCAAUCCUGUCCUUUGUGUCCAGCCACACCACAUCUCUGUUUCCGUCAAAGAGCUCGACCUCUACCUCGCCUUCUACGUACAAGAAAAAGAGGCAGAGCAGACCAGUAGCCCCAGUCGUGCUGGAGUGGGUUCUGAUCAGGAGGACAGUCGGACGGGCGCCAUAGAUGGUCCAGAGUUCCAGGAGAGUUUUGUGGCUUCAGGAGUUUUUAGUGUUGCCGAGCUGGUCCAGGUUUCCAGAAUCCCCGUUGUAACUGGAGUUGUACCUGGUUUCUCCAUGGGGGAUCUCCAGGGUCACCUGUCCUACGACCUCAACCAGUCCAUCAACCAGCCGGUCAGCCUGAAGCGGUCACUGGCCAGCACUUCGUCCAGCGGAAGUAAACGUCUUAAAUCUGGCUCCAUAGAGGAGGAUGCUGACAGUCCUGGAGGAGAGUAUUACCACUCACCUUCAUCUCCUGCAAGCAGCUCAAGAAACUGGACUGAUGACAUAGAAGGAGGUUUGUCUCCCCCAGUCAAGAAAGUGGAGAUGGACAGCCCCUCCCCCCAGGAGGACUCCCCAAGAAUGGGCUCCUUAACUCAGCACCACCGUCCAGUCAUAGCUGUGCACAGUGGUCUCUCUCUGAGUUCUCAUCCCUCCUCAUCGCUUCACUUUUCUUCCUCUUCCUACUUUUCUCAUGGAGCAAUCCGCUAUCCUCCUCACCUGGCUCAGGAUCCCCUGAAGGAUCUGGUCUCACUACCCUGUGACCCUUCAAAUCAGUCCCCCAGCUCCCUCAACGGCAGCACUCAAGUGAAAAUGCCCAGUCAUUACAUCACCUCUCAAUUGUUGGGACCCCAUGGACCAGCACCCCCCCUCCCUAGACCAUCUGCUCCCAUAGAGUCAAAGGCCUCCACCUCCUCAUCUGAAGGAGGGGCAAAUUCCCCCACAUCACCCACAUACUCUGCUCCUGGGACGCCCCCUACCAGUCAGUCCUCCUUUGUUGGAGUGACUCCUCGGGACCCAGGUGGACUCUACCAAGCCCAGUCUUGGUAUCUGGGUAACUGAGUGAGGUCUGGAGGACCCGAGAUGGUCCUGACGGUGCCGUCCUGGGGCAAAGGAGACACAUCAGUCAAGAUUCAGCAACAUGGAAACAACUCUUGACCACAUUUAAAUAUAAAAACACAUUAUUUUAUAUUUAUAUGUGUGUUUGUAGCCAGAGACCGUCCAAGGGAAGCUGGACGCUGCUGAGCCGUUGUUUAGGUGGAAGCGGUUGAUCUGUGCAGACGUCAGUCUGGGAUGAACGAUGCACCAGACCUUCCCAUCAGGACGGCAGAACCUAAGAAACUCGUAACCCAACUGCAUCCCAAGAAUGAGGUCUGUUGCUUUUGGAUGUAUGUCAGCUUUUACUCCUAGCCAUCUCUUCUAAAUCCAGUAGGAGGCCCAUGUAGACCCCCACCCCCAUGCCCCCCACCCCCC